GUCUCUUCGUGCGUUUGGCCCCAGCAAGAAGCGCAUGCGUCCGGACAAUUUUAAACCGACCGGACCCAUAAAACUUCAUACCCUUGCACUUUUUCCUAAUCACGAUCGUACCUUUCCGCUGCUUUCCCUUGCUAACCCCAACCCUAGAACCGGAGGAAAAUAUCCCCUCAUCUCUCCGAGACCGUCUUCUCUGUUGUCGAUUCCGAGCUCGAUUUCUCCCGUCCUCUCCUAUCCCCAUGUCGAGAAGGAUUCUUUGCAAGUACUUUGCACAUGGGGCAUGCCUGAAAGGGGAGUACUGUGAAUUUUCUCAUGAUUGGAAAGACCAAUCCGACAAUGUGUGCACCUUUUAUCAGAAAGGGGUGUGCUCUUUUGGUAGUCGAUGCAGGUAUGACCAUGUUAAAGUUUCUCGUCAUCAGGCAUCUGCAUCAUCAUCAUCAUCGUCAUCAAAUUCUCGCCCUUAUGUAGCAUCAGAUUCUGUUCAAAUCAAUCAUCCUCAUAUAGAUGCUCUGAAUGGAGAAUUUAAACCAGCAUUAAGUUCUCCAAAAGAGUUAACAGCCUCAAGUAAACCUUUUGUUCCUCCUGGUAAACCAACAUGGACCCAAAGUUUUGAAACUCAUACAUUUCCAGAAAAUCAAGGUGGUCAUGGGCCCAUGUCUGUCAGUUUGGCUGACGUGCCAAUCUGUUCAUUUGCUGCUGCUGGUAGUUGUCCUCAUGGUGAAAAGUGCCCUCACAUCCAUGGGGAUUUGUGUUCCAUUUGUGGAAAGCAUCGUUUGCAUCCACACCGUCCGGAUGAAAGAGAGGAGCAUAUAAACCUCUGUCAGAAAAAUAACAAACGUCUUGAAGCAUUGAAACUUAGUCAGGAGAUUGAAUGCAGUGUAUGCUUGGAUCGAGUGCUCUCUAAGCCCACAGCUGCUGAGCGGAAGUUUGGAUUGCUUUCAGAAUGUGACCAUCCAUUUUGUAUUUCAUGCAUCCGGAAUUGGCGGAGUAAUUCUCCAGCUUCUGGCAUGGAUGUCAACAAUGCAGUAAGGGCCUGUCCAAUAUGCAGAAAGAUAUCUUAUUUUGUCAUCCCCAGUGUUAUAUGGUAUUCAACAAAGGAGGAGAAACAAGAGAUCAUUGAUAACUACAAAGCCAAGCUCAAGUAUUUCUAUCCAAUCUAUCUCCAUAUGGAUAUCCGUCUAUUGAUUGCAAAUACUUUGACUUCGGGAAUGGGACAUGUCCUUUUGGGACUAGUUGUUUCUACAGGCACACUUACAAGCCGCAUGCAAAAAGGCCACCUAACUUUAGGCCUUGUACGUACAGGCCCAGACAACUAGUUGUAGCAGAAGAGGCAAUAGAAAACCUUGUCAGAGAACUAGUCAUAGAAGAGGAGUUAGUUGAUCUUGCCAGGCAACUGGUUAUAGAAGAAGAGGUACUCAGGGAUCUUGAUACUGAAGAUAUUGGCAGUUUAUUGGGGAUGAGUGCUCUACUUAUGCAGUUGGGUUUUGAUGACUGGGACUCAUCAAGUGAUAAUGAGAACUGAUCUCCAUUUUGUUUCUUCAGCUGUAAUGUGUGGAUGUUUAUUCUGUUGAAUUUGAACUAAGUGGACUUUGAAUUUUGAGUUGCCUCCCAACUUGUGCUAGAAGGCUAUAUGGGAAUCAAUCCUUAAUUUUGCUUUUUGUUUAUUCUUACGAAGUUGGUGGGCACUUCAAUGCUUGCUCAAGACCGGGUUUUGUGUUCUUGGUCAAUGUUUCAUUCUUGUAAUUGCCUAUUCAAUUUGCCGUCCAGGAGUAUUGGCUUCUAGUAGGAACAUAUCUUUACGUGAUCCUAAAAAGGAGCAUUGGAAGUGAGAUGCUUUAAAUCUUAGGAAUUCAAAACUGAAGCAUGUGUACAUGGUAUAAUAAAUUGAUGCAGAAUUUGUUAUUUCUGGCUGAUGAGGUUGAUCGGACAUUGGAUACUUAUAAUGUUUCCUGACUAGGAAGUCAAGUAUACACUUGUUUCAGUUUUUGAUGAUUCUGUUUUUCUCUUAGUU